AUGUUUUCGUGCUUUGGAAGCGAUGGCGAUGACCGCGAACGGGAGCCAUUGCUGCCCCAGUACAAUGACGACACCAGCCGCGAAGCGCGUCUGCACGAGAAGCUGCACAGCUACCAGAUGCUGCGCGCCAUCUCCAAAGGAUAUAUGCCGUCAACAGAGCAGACAGAAGUUCAAUUGAGAACUCUUCUGUCCUCGGAAAUCCUCAAUCCAUCAGAAAGGGCUGGCCUGUCAAGCUCUGGCCGUGCGCUGGUCCGCACCACCAAAGAAUGGCUGCAGCUCUUCAUCGAGCUUUUGCAUCAGAAAAACUCGCGAGAUCAAAUCCAAGAUUUCCUUUGGUACCUCACGAGCGCCAGAGUCAACAUUGAUGCCAAUGGUGCGGGCGGCAUCUUCAAUAGGGGCAAGGCCCACGCCAAGGCGUCAGCAACGGUAGAGGCGAUGCGAACCGUCUUCUCCCUGGCGCUGAUGAACAACGACUUCCGAGUCUUGAUGGCAGACGUCGGCACCAUCUCGACACAAAUACUCCGCGAUGGCGCUUUUGCUAUUGGCGAGGUGUCCCAAGAGGCCGGCAAGCAGCUCGACUCUGUCGCCAAGGGAUCUGACGACCUGGCUGCCCUGAAGAAUACUGAUAAAAAGGCCAAAGAACAGUUCACCAAGGAGGACUUGAAACAGAAAGCGGUCGAGGUCAAGGAUGACAUCAAGGGUGACGCGGCACAAGUGUCUGAAGAAAUGUACACCAGCUUGCAGGACCACAUGGGCGAGGAGACGCAAAAGGUCCUGAUCAAUCGUCUGAAGGCUGCAGUCAGCGGUCUCCGGCAGAAGAAGGAUUAUUCCGAGGCCGUUUCGCAGCUAGGCGGACUUCUGCAGCGCUGUGUUAGCAUUUAUCUUUCCGCUGCGGGAGAAGCUGCCGAGGAAGUGGAGGAGAAUAUCGAGCUGAACCGGGAGGCCAAGGUCGCAGCCAAGAACUUUUGGGGAUUCAUUUCUUCAUUUGGAGACCAGGGCAAGUGGGACAAGGCCGCCGACUCGUUUCGCCAAUUCAUCGACAAGAACCACGAGAACAAGGAAAACGCGGAGCAGCUUGCGCAGGAGCUCAUCACCAUGGUGCAGAAGAUGCUGUCUGACCCAGAAUUCCUGGAGAACUUUGGAGAGAAGAAGAAUGAGAUGAAGGAAAAGACCAAGGAGUUGACAAAGGACUCCACCCUGACGGACGACAUCUCUCAUCUGAUUAACGCUACGCAGUCGGCGGUGCAGUCGGCCAUUAACGAUCCAGCCGUGCAAAAGCUGAUGUCUUCAUCAUUCCGCCUGGCCGAAAUUCUAUUCCCGACAACCCAGGGCAACUCGGACUUGCUGACCGACUUUGCCAACACGCUACUGCCGCUGCUGGUGCAGGGAGUGCAGCAUGUGCCGAUUCCACGCCUCGAGCUUGCGACGCCAAAGAUCGACCUCCUCCUGGAGAAUCUCAUCCUGCAGCCUGGCAAAACAGUCAACCACACUUCCUUCCUACCGUACAAUAUCCAUUUCAUGACCAAGAACGACCUGGAUGUCACCAAACUCAGGUUCGGCACGACAUCGACCAUGACAAACCUGCUCACCAUCAAAGUGGCGGGCCUCUCCAUUGCGGCCGACGACCUGGGCUACUGGAUGCGCGUGCACUCUGGCAUUCUGCGCUUCAUGGACCAGGGCCUCGCCUCAUUCCACCUCGACGACCGCGGCAUCGACGUCGACGUGGAGCUCGAGAUUGGCAAGGACCGUCUCGAGGAGCUGGUGGUACUGCGCAACGCCAACGUCAAGAUCCACCACCUCGACUACAAGCUGCGCAAGUCCAAGUUUGCCUGCCUCGCGUGGUUCUUCAAGCUCCUCCUGCGGCCCAUCCUGCGCAAGGCGAUUGAGUCGAGCGUCAAGUCGGCCAUUGGCGAUGGCGUCAAGAACCUCAACAGGGAGCUCGUGUUUGCGCGGGAGCGGCUGCGCGCGACGCGCGUGUGCGACCCCGACAGCGUCUGGACGUUUUUCAAGGCCGUCGCGGCGCGGUUCACCUGGGAGCAGGACCCGAAUGUUUCCGCGAGAGUCGGUGUCAAGCCGGGCAAGGAUGUCUUUAGGGGCCGCUAUGCUCCGGGUAGCUUGGUGAAGCUGUGGGAGGAGGAGGCCGAGGACGCGCAGCAGAAUAUACAUGAGUACAGGAGAGAUGGCUGGAGGAACGAUAUAUUUAACAUACAGACUAUUACAAUGUAG